CUGGCAAUUGCCUUCUUCCUGGAUGGCCCAGCACGGGAACGGCGCCACCUUCGGUUCGCAAUUGUUCUGCGAUUUCAAGUCGAGGAUGCCCAAAGUGAAUGGCACACCGGACUGAGUCCAGAGAAGAUCAGUGGUUGUGGCAACACUGGCGUUCCGUCGCUCAACUGGAAGAUCUUCGUUAGACUGGUUAGACUGAGGAUGACGCAUAAGAGCUUCUUCAUCCUGCCGCUUCUUCUGGAAAAUAGAUUCCCUGAUUGUAAAUAACGAUUUUGAAUUGUUAUUGAUAUUCUAAAACGAUUAAUAUAAUAAGGGAAUCAAGAAUACUUGAAAAAAUUUUCCUUUAUUGUAAAUUACUAAAAGAAGAAAAAUUUUAAAAUUAAUCAAAUUUAGAAAUUACUAUUAUUACAGAAGAGGAAAUUUUUAUUCAUCGUUGAGGAGAUCAUGAAUGGAGAAAAAGAAUUUUAUCGAGGAAAAAUUAAAGACUUACACGAUGAUUAUGAUGCAAAUGACACAGGCGUUCCAAUAUUCGAAUCUUAUAUUUGACCGUAUGCUUAUAUACAAAACGUGUCAGAAGAGUAUCAUCAAUGACCGAUAGUAUGCAUUAUGAAGCAACAUUUUUGCUCUUCCGGAUGUCGCAAUAUUUCCGCUCGAGCGAGACGACGAGUUGCUUCUCCAAGAGCAACAAGGAAGUGUACACACUCGAAGUUUGUUUGUUAAAUAUGAAAUAAUGAAAACUUGAAUCGUGAGAUGAGCUUUCUUUCUUUGUUCGAUAAUUUUAUAAAUAAAUCGGAAAAAACAUUGUUAUAUCGCGUAAAAUUUACGUGACGAGUAUAUCUUGCCGAAAAUUAUAUAUUAAAUUACACUAUCAUUUUACCAACAAUUUAAUUAACGAUUCACCAUUGUCAAUGAUCGUAAUAUAAUGACUCUGAGGAUAAUUUUUAAACAUUUUUCGCAUUUUUUUUUUUUCAUCAUUCUUCCGGGUCGAAGAUAUGCAAAGCAACAAUGUUAUUUCCUGUAUUUCGCAACUGUUAGUGGAUCAUCGUACCUCUCGUAUAUAACUGGCGUAAUAUUAAAAGUUUCUCAGUUUAGUCGCCAUAAGUAACUAUGUACAUCAAAGGACACUUUGCGCCUGCGUUUACAUUGACGGCUAUCUUGACCGUUGUUCUAGAAUUAAUUAGUUGCGGAAACGCGACGUUGCCGGAAACUAUAAAAUGGACAGGCGGAAAUUUUGAGUGGCCGUCCUCAACCACCAAGAAUAUGUACAAAAGUAACGGAAAAUACAUCUCGAAGAAUGUGAUCGCCACUAGGGUCGCGAUGCAUAAUAACGAAGCCAUUGUGGCUUUGCCAAGGUUCAAGGCAGGUAUUCCAGCGACAUUGGCGAAACUUUCUAAGGAGGCGCAAAACUGUGAAGCCACUUUGAUCCCUUAUCCUUGCUGGUCCCUUCAGGAAGAAGGAACCUGCACGGCUCUGCAAAACGUGGUAGAUCUUUAUUUGGAUCCUCAAAAUAUUCUUUGGAUCCUCGACACUGGAGUAGUGGACACUUUGGAUGAACCUGUACGCAAAUGUCCAGCAAAGGUUCUUGCUAUCGAUGUUAACACACAAAAGCUUAUAAAAACCGUGGAAUUGACUGGUCUGACGUCCCCCACGUCCCGUUUGCAAUACGUGGUAUCCGACUAUACCCAAGACGGAAGAGUAUUCAUUUACGUAUCUGACGCGGCCUCGAGAGCCAUCCUCGUCUACGACGUGACUUCCGGUCGAGGUUACAGAGUCGUUCUACCCCAAGCCGUGAGCAUGGGCUGCACCAGAAGGGACGUCCUCUAUCUGGCCCUUCUCCGACGUUCAGAUGGCAGCACUUGCCUAAUCUUCACCUACUUGAGCAGCAGCCGUAUGUUCUCGAUAAGGACAGAGCAUCUUCGAAACGGGUCCACGAGAGGAAAGAUCCACGAUCUCGGCAUGAAACCGAGGAAGAUGGUCAUCUUGGGCACGGACAACGGAAGCGCCCUCUUCUUCCGGUACGAGGGGGAGGCGGACGUUUACAGAUGGGAUGCCGCGAGCAAUCCUUUCGAUCCAAGAUGUUUCAAGAAGGUGUACACAAGUGCAGAGUGCAACCUCGUCACUCACGUCGUUGCCGAUUACACGAGGGGGAGCAUGAGAGUGCUCGAGUCGAAUUUCCCUGAUUACAUGCAGGGCACGGUCGGUUGCGGUGCCACACAAAUUUUGAACGUUAUGUGAUUAGCUAGAAUUAAUGUUUUGGAAUUGAAUAAAUUGAUCAAAAUGAAAUGAAAAGGAUUUUUUUUUCUCGAAAGUAAAGAAUUCUCGAGAAUCAAUUUGCAAGAAUUGCAAGAAUUUUUUGAAAUCUUUGGAUUCGCAGAAUAAAACUCUCGAGAAUAUUUUACGGAUGAUAGUGAAAAUUAUUUAUUAGAAAGAGAAAAUGAUAACGUUUCAACUUCAAAUGUUAUCAAUAAUAAAAAGGAAUUAUUUUUAAAGGAAAAUAUUAAAAAACGAAUUGAGAAAUAUUCAAUUUUAUUUCUAUAUAUUUCUUAACUUUAUAUAGGCUAAUUUAACGAUAAAUAUUAUUGAAAAAAUCGAAUAAUAUCUAAAUCAUUUAAUGCACGUUAAUUUUUUCGAUAAUUACUCGCAAAAUAUAUUUUUAUUUUUUAUAAUUCUAGUCGCAAAAGUGUAAAGAUAAACGACUACUUCUACGCCAAUGCAGGGUCAUAAAUCAAGAUGCAAAUCAUUUCGUGAGGUUGACCAUGUGUAUCCUGUAUCUCGAAUAUACUUAAUGCUGGGAAAAACAACAAAAGCCUUUCUCUGUUACAAUCUCUCUCGUUCGUUGCUUUGAUCACGAUUAGUCGACAAGAAACUGUUUCCUUUUAAUAGACAUAGACUAUAUACAGAGUGAACGAGGUAAAUGAGAUAGGAUUUAAUUCUAUAUUAUUCUAUAUUCUAUAUUAUUCUCAAAAAGGUUGAAAAUGAGAAUUUGUCCAACGAGAAUUGGAAUUUAGGUCAUGCUAUUCGUAAAUAAACUUUAUAAUACAACGUGGAAGAUAACGAGUUCAUUUCAAGUUUUUAUUUUGUUUACCUUUUUUAUUUCUUUCCCUUGGAAUACUUGGAUAGUAAUACUAAAUUGAAAGUAUCUAUUAGUCAAUUGAAGGAAAGCAGUUAUCUAUUCAAUAACAAUAAAGUGAAAUGAUUAUUUGUAUUGAAGCAAUGUAUAAAAUAUUUACUAUUAUAUAUUAUUACAAAGAAUAUAAUAAAAAAUUUGUGAUUUGUAUUAUUAACUGUGUAGAUCAAAUUUGUAAUUUGU